GGGGGGUGUCGGAUUCUGACAGUAGUCGCCCGGUUACCCUGGAGAGGCGGGGGGGUGUGGAGCCGGACGCGUCGCGGACCGGAGAUCUGCACAACCCAGACAUUCUCAAACUGUACAACUUCAAAUCCCUGUGAACCCUAACAGGAACAAAUUAAGAGGUGCACAGAACUCCAGAAUGACUGAUAGUCCGGAAGCUGUCCCCAACUUUGAAGAGAUGUUCGCCAGCAGAUUCACAGAAGGCGACCAGGAGUACCAGGAGUACCUGAAGCGUCCCCCCGAGUCCCCCCCGAUCGUCGAGGAGUGGAACAGCAGGGCCGGUGGGGGCCAGAGGAACCGGGGCAACUGGUUGCAAGAUAACAGACAGUUCCGAGGCCGGGAGGGCAGGCGGGGGUGGCCGAGUGACAACCGGUCCAACCAGUGGCACGGCCGGCCCUGGGGCAGCAGCUACCAGCAGCACCGACAGGAAGCCUGCUACCCCCACCAGCACGGACACUACGGCUACAACCAGCGGCCCCCCUACGGCUACUACUGACGCAAACGUCAGCGGCUUUCAGUAAAACCGUCCGCGUUGUUAACGAGACAAACACCCGUGUGUAUCUUCUGUUGGUCGUAGUUUUACAUCUGAUUGUAGAGAACAGGUUAAUUUUGGGGGGAACUUGGGGCAUCUAAGAUCUGACCGGAGAGGUGGGAUGGUUGCUGGGUUAUGUCGCUUACCUUCUACCUCAGACUCUUCUGCUUCAGGACUUCGCAGAGCUUCGGGCUCCUCCUUGUCCAGCCUUCCGUUCUGUCUCUGCUACACACGGCAGUUAGAAAUGCUAAAACAGAAAACCUUUGCUUUCGCUCUUCAGUAUGAGCACAUGUCCAUUUACGUGGAUGUGCCCGUCCCUGCGGUCUCACAGAGGUCGUAAAGCCAACUCGUGAACGCACAGCCGUGCUGUGUUGUGCUGUGUUAACAUUAACGCCCGCCCCUGGAAGGCAGAGCAACUGUGGUGGAUUUCAUUUGGGGCUCCUGUCGCUAUGUGACUAUGGUACUUCGUAACUCCUCUGCGGGUGUGAGUCAGCUCCACGGCCAUCACGGUCUCCUUCAGAGGAGUGUCACGGAUAAAACCGUAACACGAGGAAGGAAUCGUUCUCACUUCUAGUGUCUUGAUCUCAUGGUGGGUGGGAUUAGGGCUCGCAGUUAUUUUAUACAAAGUCUAAGGCCUUUUGCUAACUGAAGCAUAGUAGGUCCAAAUUCAUGCCGCACAAAAGUACGAGGAAAACGCUGGAACAUUCCCCCGUCCUUUCCAAUCACGUGUCGUGGACCCCACUGCCACUGUCUGACCCUGUCGUCUUCUCCGGUGCUCAGUGCUGGCUGCCUCUGCGAUGUCACAUUCCCUCCCAGAUGUGCACUUUUGCCGCUUCCUCUUCUAUGAGUACCGUGAUGCUGUAACUUUCUUUCAGAGCGAUCAUUACAUUUCAAGUAAUUUUAACGGCCGUUACAAUGGCUUUAUUUAAAUAAAAUACUCAAAAUAUGAAUCUA